UCUCUCCUGUAGAAUGAGUACAUGAAAGAUAACUUCCUGAUCAAGAUUGAGACGUGGCACAAAACUGACCUUGGACACCAGGAAAACGUCCAUGGUCUGGAUGCAGACACCUGGAAGAAGGUGGAUGUUGUUCACAUCGACAUCGCAGACCGCAGCCAGGUGGAUAGCAAGGACUACAAGCCGGAGGAGGACCCCUCUAAGUUUAAGUCAGUGAAGACUGGAAGAGGCCCACUUGGACCGGACUGGAAGAAGGAGCUCCCUAAGAAGACAGACUGCCCACACAUGUGUGCCUACAAACUGGUGACAGUCAAGUUCAAGUGGUGGGGCCUGCAGAACAAAGUGGAGAACUUCAUCCAGAAGCAAGAGAAGCGUCUGUUCACCAACUUCCACCGACAGCUGUUCUGCUGGAUCGACAAGUGGAUCGAACUCACCAUGGAGGACAUCCGUCGCAUGGAGGAUGACACACGCAAAGAACUGGACGAGAUGAGGGUGAAGGAUCCAGUGAAAGGCAUGGUGGCUCUGGAGGACUGAUGAGGCUUGAGGCAGACAGACAGACUGACUGACUGACCCUGCUGCUGAUCAGAACUGUAAACCUGACAGACACCAACGGAUUCAACGCUCCUCCCCCACCUUCUCUUCCUCCUCUUCCUCUCUGUCAACAGAGCUUCUCCGCCCCCUUGGUCCCGCCCCCCUCCCCAGAUUGGUACAGUCUGCCAUUAAGACAGACAGUCAGUCCGAGUGUACAUAUCCACUAUAUAUAGUGUAUGGGGCAAUAAGGCCUAGCUGUGAGUGUUGAGAUGUAUUAUAAUAUAAACAGGGUUUUUAAAGCAUCAGUUUGUCUGUAUUAAAGGUUGUCAGUUUCUUUUCAGGA